AUGUCCUAUUCUCGCAGCAUCCUCAUUACCGGAGGCACCGCCGGUCUAGGCUACUACUGCACCCUAGAACUCGCGCGCCAGUUCCCCAACUAUCAAGUAAUAAUCGUAUCUCGGUCCAGCUCUCAAGAUGCCGCCGGCUCUAUCAACAAAAUCCUGGGCCAAAACAACGUCAACUACCUCCGACUCGACCUCUCCGACCUAUCCCAGAUCCGAUCCUUCGUCCAACAAUGGGAAACCAACAAAUACCCACCCAUCCAGUACCUCCUCCUCAACGCAGGUCUACAAUUCCCCGGACCCGUCGAAUACACAGUAAACGGAUACGAGAAAACCUUUGCGAUCAACCACAUCGGCCACGCCCUAUUAUUCUCACUGCUGGUCCCCCACCUCGCCCACGCAGCAAGGAUAGUAGUUACCUCCAGCGGCACACACGAUCCCGCACAAAAGACCGGCCUCCCCGACGCAAAGUACACCAGUGCGGAGGAGCUCGCUCACCCGACCAAAAUCACAGCCCAGAAUCCCGGCCGCCAGCGUUACUCAACCAGCAAGCUUGCAAACGUUCUUUGGGUGUACGCGCUGCAUCGGCGUCUCAAUGAGUCGAAAGAUGCAAGGCUUAAGUCGUGCACCGUUGUUGCGUUUGAUCCUGGUCUCAUGCCUGGAACUGGGCUGGUCCGUGAAGCGAACCCAGUCGUGCGCUUUCUCUGGCAUGUGAUUCUCCCUCGCGUUAUUCCGCUUCUGCGUGUGUUGCUGGGAACACCGAAUAUCAAGUUGCCACAGGUGUCGGGGGCUACGUUGGCUUGGUUAGCCAGUAGUAAGGAGGCUUUGUUGAGUAGUGGGGUUUAUUAUGAGGGGAGGGAGCAGAUCCGCUCGAGUGAGGAGAGUUAUGAUGUGAGCAAGCAAAAUGACUUGUGGGAUUGGACUGUAAGGAAUGUGGCCUCUACGGAAGAAGAAGUCGCGCGGUUCUCGUUGACGGAUUAG